AUGGCCAUGCGACCUCUUGGACUCGAGGUCCCAAAAACUGUCGCGGGUUUCGGCGAACAUCUGUUCGAGUUCAAUGAGGCUGACUGCCGGGCUGCAUGCCGUCUGGAUGCGACAUGUUCCGGCUACAUUAUGCAAGUAAACCAGUGCUACCGAAGUCGUGAAGUCCAAAGAGGAGGCCCAGAGAGUGCUGUGGUCAAGGUCACGAAAUGCACCGAGGACUCGGCAUGCAUGGAGGUCACGCACGGCGACUGGUACAAGGCUGGAAUCUACUGCCCUGUCUCUCGUGAUCUGUUUCGCAGCAGCAUGCUCUACCGCAAGGACGGGAUGACACCCGAAGAGACUCUCUAUCUGGCCAAGUACUCGAGCUCUUUGGAUGGUGCUUUGGAAGGCGUCAGCGCCUCUAGUGAUGGUUCCUGGAUCCUCCGGCAGGCAAUGCCGGAGCUGGAUUUUAUUGACCCGGAGUCAGGGGAGGUGGAACUUCGUGGCCCUGUCGUGGCGUCUCCUCUGAUUGUUGGAGUGACUGCUCAGCUACUGCCUUGCAUUGGCAGUAACGCCGGAAAUCCGUCCGCCUACCAAUAUUCGAUCUUGGACCAGCGCGAGAACUUCCGGGUUGACGGCGGUUUCGCCUUCAAGUUACUGGGCAGGUUGUCCUGGCCAGGCAGCGGGCUCGCGGACCAAGUCUGGAAGCAGACGUCGGACCCCUUGACGAGUUGGACUGUCGAUGGCUACGAGGCCAUCGAUGCACCGCACGGAAGCGGCUUUCGAGGGCUGUCCAAGAGCCACGUCGCACUCAUGGACGGCAAUAACGGUGGCAGUUGGUGGUAUGCC